AUGCUUUCAUUCCCAAGAAACGUCUUGACCUCAUUACAACCCUCCCAGCCCCGCCAGUCCUUCGACGACAUCCUCGCUGCAGCAGACCUCCCCCCGCCAGGCCCCGACUUCUUUCACGCAAGGCGGGCCCUUUGGCUCACCCCCCGCGUCCCGCUCGCACAACGACCCCCGUCAUCCGCCAGGGACAAGCUCCAGGAGACCCUCAGCCACCCACACGCAGUCCAUAGCGAUGCCGUCUGGAACAACGGGCUUGAGAAGGUGUGGAGAGGCCUAGCAUCCGGCGGAAGGCUUAAAAACCGCCUGCCAAUGAGCCUCAUCAUCAAGAUCAUAUAUGCAGCUUGGUUGCGUGACAAAACUUGGCCUGUUGGGAUGGAAGCUCCAGAUUCUGAUCAAGAACAACAGCAAGGGCAAGAACAACCCUAG